UCCGGUUUGACGAGCUGCCGUUGUUCUCAAUACAAAGACAGGCGGAGACGAGAAAGACCUAAAAUUCCCCCCGAAUUAAAACAUGAACUUAUGUCGGAGACUGUAAAUAUUUUACAGAAAAUAAAAGCGGUAGUUUGAACGUUUUUUGUGAAAAAUGUCCGCAGGAGAAGAGAGAAAAUUGAACAGAAACUGCGCAGUCAUAGUUUAAUGAGAGCGGUGACCUGAGCAGAUAUGCCAGCUGACGACAAGGUUGCCAUCCUGACAGAUGAUGAGGAGGAACAGAAGAGGAAGUAUGUCCUCGCUGAGCCAUUCAACACCCUCUCCAUGGCCCAGCAAGAGGCUGUCACAGCGCCACCAGGGCCCGGCUCUGAGAUGGCGCCUGAUCAGGCGGCAGCGGUGGCGGCCUCACACCCAAAUUCCAUUGACUGCUGCGAGAGGAUGUGCCUCCGCAUCAACAGCCACCUCCUCAUCUCCAAAGUCUUCUACUUCUUUUUCUAUGCUGCCUACGGCUCGCUGCACCCCCUGCUGGCCGUGUAUUACAAGCAGCUUGGCAUGUCAGCCAGCCGCAGUGGGCUGCUUGUCGGCAUCCGCUACUUCAUUGAAUUUUGCAGCGCCCCCUUCUGGGGUGUAGUGGCGGACCGUUUCAAGAAAGGAAAAGUCGUGCUGCUGUUUUCCGUUCUGUGCUGGUUAAUGUUCAACUGUGGAAUCGGGUUUGUCAAACCUGCGGAAAUGAUAUGUGAGGAAAAGGGAGCUUCUCUCACCACACCGCUUCCACCCGUGGUGACGGUCCAGCCUCAGGAGAACAUAACACAACCAAGCAACUCCACCAACCACACCAGAAGUAGGCGAAGCCUAGGGGAGGUGCGUGAACUCUUGGACUCCUACGUCGUCGUGCUCCACAGGCUGGAACGUAGUGUGGAUGCCAAUACAACCACAACAUACCCUCCAUUUAAUUUACUAAACACCACCCAGCUUGUACCAAACACCACCCUGCAGGCCACCACCACGACCACCACUAGUCCUGCUCCAGCACCCGAGAUCAUCUACAACAGGGACCAGGUGGAGUCCAUCUUCCUCCUCAUCCUGCUUGUCAUCAUCGUGGGCGAGUUCUUUAGCGCUCCCGCCGUCACCAUCGUGGACACGGUGACCCUGCAGUAUCUCGGUAAAGCCCGCGACCGUUACGGCCUGCAGAGGAUGUGGGGCUCUCUGGGUUGGGGUCUGGCAAUGCUGCUGGUGGGCAUUUGGAUUGACCACACUCACAUCACCGUGGCGAUCGAAGGCACUGGUUGCGCUGUGCCCGAUUAUCGCCUUCACAACUACCAGCUCGCCUUCAUUGUCUUUGGUGUUCUGAUGGGUGUGGCGUUGAUUGUGGCCACUCAGUUUUACUUUGAGAAAGGCGGUGAAUACCAGCAGGAAGUUCCAGAGGUGGUGGAGGACUCUGCGAACACUGAGAGGGAGUCAGUCGCUUCAGACCAGACCCCGACCCCAGACCCCAGCAACCCCGACACCACCCAGGAGUUCCACUACAGUGACCUCCUGAAGCUGCUGUGCAGCGUGCGCUACAGCUCCGUCCUCUUCGUCGCCUGGUUCAUGGGCUUCGGCUACGGCUUCGUCUUCAGCUUCCUGUACUGGCACUUGGAGGACCUGGGCGGGACCACCACGCUCUUUGGGGUCUGCUCCGUCCUCAGCCACAUCUCAGAGCUCGCUGCGUAUUUCACCAGCCACAAGUUCAUCGAGCUCGUGGGACACAUCAGAGUGCUGUACAUCGGCCUGGCCUGCAACACUGCUCGCUACCUGUACAUCUCCUACCUGGAGAACGCCUGGAUCGUCCUGCCCAUGGAGAUCCUUCAAGGUGUGACCCACGCCUCAGUUUGGGCAGCUUGUAUCUCCUUCCUGAGCGCCGCGGUCCCGCCGGCUCUCAGGACGUCGGCACAGGGAAUCCUGCAGGGCCUGCACCUUGGGCUGGGCCGCGGCUGCGGAGCCAUGGUCGGAGGAGUAUUCGUCAAUUAUUUUGGUGCCGCAGAGACGUUCAGAGGAAUCGGCAUGGCCUCCCUCGUCAUCCUCCUCAUCUUCUCCUUCAUCCAGUGUCUAACCGGAGACACUGAAGGCAAAGAGGACAAAAUGCUAGCAGAGAACAUCCCUGUGCCCUCCAGUCCAGUCCCCAUCGCCACCAUCGACCUGGUGCAGAGUCACGCCCCCGACGGCAGCCCGGCCCCAGUGCGACAGGCUCCCUUGUUGCCAGUAAGGAAGACCAAACAUCAGGAGGAUCAGGAGGACCCGAACAGGCCGGCUUGGAUGCUUUCCGGUGCCCCCUGGGUCACCAUUGCCUUCGCCUUCGUCCAGAUCAAAGAGAUGAUCAGCCUGGCAAAGAACAGCACUCGAGACCCUCACCCACUGCAGGUGCCUAAUGAGCGGGCGGUGGCCGAGUACGAGGCGGUGGCAACUUCGCACAGAAACUCGAGCGAUGACGGCGCACACCCGCCGAAAUCCACCACGGAAACUCCCACACAAGCAGACACCACCCACAUCUCACACACAGACUCUGACAAAGACCAAACGCACCCUGCGUCAGAUGGAGGAGCGCCCAAAGACAAUCCGGUCUUCACAGAAGAAAACGCACAUUGAGUGUUCUUUUAAAAACUAUUGAAUGCACACACAGAGGGCUUUAACCCCGAUGUGUUUCAUUACUGCAAAGUGACCUGUCUAAACAAGUUCAUCUGUCCUCCAGUUCAGUGUUAAAAUCUUAUUGUGUGGUGAAGUGAUUCCUCUGCAGUUUAUAAACACUGUGUGUCCAGAUUAUUCUUAAAGCUAGUGUAGUGUGUACAUAUGAUCGUGAAAUGGGGGAUUAUUCUUGAAUACUGGAAGCAAGCUGGAAAUGGUUUAAUUCUGGAGGUGAAGUGGUUUCUAAACUUCAUUAAUGGAUGGUUUUUGCAGCAGGCACUUUGGUUUGAAACUCUGAUCUCUGCGCACUGCAACACCUUCCAGUGGACUGUGAAGGAAAUUCCUUCAUUUGUAAAUGUGCCUCUUGAUAUGUUAUUUAACUUAAUUUACUUUUAAAAUGGGAAGAAAACUGUUGAACUGCUUUUAAAAGAAGUAAUGAUACAACGUGCAGCUUUGACUGGACGACAGCACAAAUGACUUCAUGGGUAGCUGAGGAUUUUAACUUGUGGCAGGUAUUUUUUUUUUUUUAUUGUUUUUUUUGUUAAUCGUACUGUAAUACAACAGUUCCCAAUCUGAAUGUGCCGCAGAUCAUUUUCAUGGCCACGCUUCAAAUGUGUGCGGCUAAAUUCACAAUAAAAGCCUCUCAGUUGUGUCUAGCUGAGUGCUUUUAAUUUGAAGCAGCAGCAUAAGUAACUAACCGUGAAAACUACCACAUACUGAAUGAGAAAUACAGCACACAGAGAAGCUUUAAAACAAGUUUAAAUUCAACCUGUGAUUACUUGGUAUAUAAAUAAAAUCAGAAACAUUUUCUUUAAUGCACAUAAAACAGAGACUAUCUUUUCUACUGAGGGCCUGCUUUUCUAAAAAUCAGUGUUGUUUAUUUUUUUUCUUGGGGAAGUUUAACCCAUUUAAGUUAAUGUAUCAGUUUAAUGUUUCUCUAAAAGUUAACUAAUGUCUGUUCUGGAGCUCUUUCUACGAUCCCCAAAGAUUUCUGUAAUUAAAAAAAAAUGUCACCUUUCUCUUCCCUCCUCAUAGAAAAGACCUCUCCUUUCUCCUUGUCUUUGUAGAGUCAUGAUGAGGCACAAUAAUGUAAAUUUGGAGGUGAAUAACAAACCAUAAAUUAUGCAUUACAUGUGCACACUUUCACCAAAGUUUUCUUUUUUUUCCCCUACGUUUCCACUGUUGCACAAAAAAAGGAAACAGAAAUAAAACAGUUGCAUAAAAUAAUGAAUCAAAUUGCAAAGACUGCAAAUAUAUUUGUGAAAAAGUCACAAAGUGCAUAAAAAUCAGGCAGUAAAACAGGUAAAAAUACAUAAAGUUUAUUAAACAAAGUGAUUCUAAGGACAUGUAAAAAAUAAAAUACAUUUGAUUUUUACUAACUGUUAAUUGCAGGACCAAAAUAAUUUCUAAUACUUUGGUGAUAAAAAUUUGAAAUAAUAAUAAGCACAGCCUGUGAUGGCACACCUUCACAGUGCGUGAGUAAAUGUCUGUCUCCAGAUUAAUUUGUGAUAUUUCCUUGAAAAUAUCAAGAUUAUUUCUCCUGUGUGAUCUUUUCUGAUUCUGACAUGCAAAUAUAUAAACUGGUGCUUAUUAAAAUUGGGUUUAAUUCAUUCAAGCAUAAAAUAACCUCCGACUGAAAAUCUGAGUGUAGACAGUCUGUAACCAUAACUGUACAAUGAGAAUGAUUCAGGUUAAUGAAAAGGCAACCACAUGAAAUAUAAUUACAGUUCAGGUAGUUAAUGGCACCGUAUUAUUCGCAAGAUUAUCAUGUGUGGUGUUAACACGAUCUCCAUAUAUUCAUGUCUCAAAUGUCGCGGGAAUAAAGCGAAUAACCGGGACGUAAAAGGAAACAAGAACGGGCUCUGUCACGUUCAGGUGGAUGGUAAAUUAGUUUGCCCCUCAUAUGACAGUUGACAUUGAUAUAGUUAUAAUGUGGUUAGAAGAACUAUCUGAAAACCUGUUUAUUACAAAAACAAGUACUGUUGGUUGUUUAUGUAUUUUCUACAUACGCUUGCAAUAAUUUGGUUACGUCUGUGGUCUGUUGGGAAUCUCUGUAAUACUUAAAAUUGUAUUUUUUAAAAUUCCUUAAAUGCAUUUAAUUUAUUUUUUUCAGUGCAGUUUCAGGUUGUGGUACCUUAAAAAUGGACAGAGCUGGAAAUGGGAAGAAUAUUUUUAUUUUUGGACUCUAGAGUAGCUUUGUAUGAUUCACAGUUCAAAAUAAUCCGUAUUUAUCUUAAAAUGGGUCUCACUUCAUCCCUUUGACCAGCCUGGGAAUACACUGCACUCACUUAAGGAAGCGCUUUGAUUCCAGCAGACGUGUUUCAGAAGUGUCUCUAUGCUCGGGCAUAGAAAUCAGAUAAAGUUUCAAAAUAAAAGACCCUCUGUAGACUGAAGAUUACAUUUCUAAAACACUCCUGAUGUGAUUUGAAGACAUUGCAGCAUCCCACACUCAAACCUAGUGUAUCCCCAGUAGCGAUGACAAUAUAUAAGGACAUCUGCUCUUACUGAUAUCAUAAAGAGCAAAAGAACUACCUGAUAAGAUGGCAUUUGGAGUUUGCGGCUCAAAAGGGUUGCUUGUACAUACGUUUUGCCCAUGUUUAACAUGAGCUUCGGCCACUGGAACAGAGGAUGGAUGCAAAAAUGUAGGAAAAGCAGAAUUGGUCCACAUAAAGACGUUACAUCCUCUACCUUUGUUGCUCCUUGACAAAUCAGAUUUUUAAAGUCUCACAGGAGGAACUGCUGAGUCUGUUAAUUCUCGUCAGAGCUCACUGAAGGAGCUUUGAUGAAGAAGUGCCUCUUUAAACUUCUUAAUCAUCAUUAUUGUUCUAACUUCUUAUGAUGAGAUGUUGAGCAAAGACCCCUUUACUGUGCUACACUACACUCCACUGCCAACAGCUGACACACUCUCUGCUUCCUGUCUUUUAUUUUCAUGCCAAAUAGUUUUCAGUAUUGAGUGUUUUUGUGCCGUAUGUGUAGGAAAGCCUUAAAGAUGAAGUUACUCUAUGUACUGUAAUGAUGUGUGGUCAAUUAAAGGACUUUUUGAA